CCUCACCCGCGAGGACCUGCAUUUGAGACAGUCUAGGUGUCUAGGUAGGCAACUCCCUAGCUUUUGAGACGCAGCCCUCGCUCGUAUUCAUUCAGUGAGGUUUCCCCCCUCAGGAAUACGACAAAGGCUGCCAGUCUGCAUUGAAACGAGGGAUGGUCUAACGUAAAGAGCGAAACCGGCAGACAGACACCGUCUGCAGCCCAUCCAGAUCCAGCACAUGAUUCUCUCCUCCUGCUCUUAAAACCAUCAUAGCAUCCUCUGGAACAGAUGACAAGGCAUUAGAUGUGUGCUGUUAUAUCGACUGUGCUCAUAGGAUACACGCGCACAAAGAUACUACAGCCCGGGUGUUGACAUGGAGCUGGAGCAUUUCGACGAACGGGACAAAGCACAAAGAUACAGCCGUGGGGGUUCACGUGCGAACGGCCUGCCGAGCCCCACGCACAGCGCCCACUGCAGCCUGUACCGAACCCGGACCCUACAGGCUCUGAGCACCGAGAAGAAAGCCAAGAGGGUCCGGUUCUACCGCAACGGAGAUCGGUACUUCAAGGGGAUUGUGUACGCUAUUUCCAACGAAAGAUUCAGGUCUUUCGAUGCUCUGCUCGCAGACCUAACCCGCUCCCUAUCAGAUAAUCUAAAUCUGCCCCAGGGCGUCCGGACCAUUUAUGCCAUUGACGGGUCGAGGAUUACCAGCAUGGAUCAGCUGGUGGAAGGGGAGAGUUAUGUAUGUGGAUCAAUUGAGCCUUACAAGAAUCUGGAAUACACUAAGAACGUCAACCCUAACUGGUCAGUCAACGUCAGGACCGCAGCAUCGGCACGAGCGCCCACCUCUCUGACCUGCGCCAAGCCUGGUUCUAUGGAAACCAAGGAUAACAGGGAUUUCAUCCGACCCAAACUGGUAACCAUAAUCCGCAGUGGGGUAAAGCCUCGGAAAGCCGUGCGUAUCCUUCUCAACAAAAAGACGGCCCACUCAUUUGAGCAGGUUCUCACGGAUAUCACAGAUGCCAUCAAACUGGACUCUGGAGUGGUCAGGAGGCUUUAUACGGUGGAUGGUAAAAUGGUGACAUGCCUUCAGGACUUCUUUGGCGAAGAUGAUAUAUUUAUUGCCUGUGGCCCAGAGAAGUUCCGCUACCAGGAUGACUUCCUGUUGGAUGAAAGUGAAUGCAGGGUGGUGAAGUCGCAGUCCUAUGGCCGUAUUUCUUCCAUGCAGGGCCGCUGCUCUCCCCGCAGUGGUGGACCGUCAAGAAGGAGCAAGUCCCCUGCUAACGGAACAGCAGGUAGUCAGCUGUCGACCCCACGGUCAGGCAAAUCUCCCAGUCCAUCUCCCACCAGUCCAGCCAGUCUGAGGAGACGAAGGGGCUCUCAGCACAGUGGCUCCUCCCUCUCUCUGGCCUCCACCAAGGUGUGCAGCUCCAUGGAUGAGGGUGAUGGGCCGGGCAGUGAAGCUGAACUGAUGGAGGAUUGUCCUCAGGUUCCUGCUUCCAUAGCUGAGAGGUACAAGGUGGGACGGAUGAUUGGCGAUGGGAACUUUGCUGUGGUCCGAGAGUGUGUGGAGAGAUCCACAGGCCGAGCGUACGCUCUGAAGAUCAUUAACAAGAGCAAAUGCAGAGGGAAGGAACACAUGAUCCAGAAUGAGGUGUCCAUUCUUCGGAGAGUGAAACAUCCUAAUAUUGUUCUGCUGAUUGAAGAAAUGGACACAUAUAGUGAACUCUACCUGGUCAUGGAGCUUGUCAAGGGUGGUGACCUCUUUGAUGCCAUCACUUCCUCCAACAAAUACACAGAGCGGGACGCCAGCGGGAUGCUGUAUAACCUCGCCAGUGCUAUCAAAUAUCUGCACAGCCUUAACAUUGUUCACCGUGACAUCAAACCUGAGAAUCUUCUGGUCUAUGAGCACCAGGAUGGAAGCAAAUCCCUGAAACUGGGGGAUUUUGGAUUGGCAACAAUUGUGGACGGACCACUUUACACUAUAUGUGGCACCCCAACCUAUGUAGCUCCAGAGAUCGUUGCAGAGACGGGGUAUGGAUUGAAAGUUGAUAUCUGGGCAACCGGGGUCAUAACAUACAUAUUGCUUUGCGGCUUCCCUCCUUUCCGUGGGAGCACAAAUGACCAGGAAGCUCUUUUUGACCAGAUUCUGAUGGGACAGCUGGAUUUCCCUCUUCCAUACUGGGACAAUGUAUCUGACUCUGCAAAGGCACUUAUUACCUGCAUGCUACAGGUAGAGGUCGACCAGAGAUACACAGCUCUACAGGUGUUAGACCAUCCCUGGGUCAAUGAUGACAGGAUGUGUGAGAAUCAGCAACAGCUGUCUGUGGCCGGCAAGCUUAAGAAACAUUUCAACGUGUGCCCCAAACCCAACAACACCACAGCAGGAGUCACUGUCAUAGUGACCACCCCUCUUGAUAAGGAGAGGCAGGUUUUCAGACGAAGACGCCACCAGGAUGUGAAAGCGGCUGCUUCCCGCAGCUCCCAGAGCACCUUCCCCUCCAGCGCACCCACCGAGUUCACCUCAGAGUCCGAGGACAUUUCCCCCAGCUCGGCCGAGACGGUCCGCUCUCCCACAUCACCGUUUUAAGCCCAAAUCCGGUCUUGGCAGGAAGCAAUGGAAAAUUAUCUAGAAAUAAAGGUAAACUGACUUGUGAUUAGCAAAUGAUAACAGUUUUUGAAUACAAAUGUUUGUUACGUGGAGCAGAUGUGGUUUUGUGAGGGGAGUAAAAAUAAUAUCACACUCUAAGCAGUUUUUAGCAUCCGAAAUGAGAAGCCCUUGUCAUUGUUUAAGAGUUUUCUCUUCAUUAUAACUACAUUUGGUGCUGUAUGAGGUUUUGUUUUGGAGACCAUCCUAUCAGUAAACCACCUCUCUUUUGCGCCCUCUAGUGAUCGAUAGAAAGUAAUGCAGCCAAACCUCCCACUCUGUUUCAAGUUAUCAUACACGUUUAAUACCUAUAAUAAACCUGUGAUGUGUUAGCAUUUUUUUUUUCAGUGACAAAAUCUUUUAUGCGUUUUUACCUUUUGUAUGAACUUUAUAUAUUUUAAAAAUUUUAGGUUUGUACAUUUAUUUCAAACUGAUAACUUAUAUUUACAUAUUUCAGCAUUUUCUUUGAGAAACAUGUUUUCUGUGUGUCGGUUAGACAUUAGAAUGUUCUUUCUAAAAUGUGUGAAAUGUCUGAAUUGUUGAAGCUCUUUUUGAUGUAUGUGGCUGUAGAAAAGCUUGUUUGAAUUUAAUGCAAUCCAAGUGAUGGGUGCAGAUUUAACAUGUAUGCUGCUGCUAUAAUCUCUUCUCUGUAAUUCAGUUCUGUCAGUACCAAUGUCAUGAAGAUAAAUAGAUCAUACAGCUACUUCCCAGAAUUUGAAUUCCUUCUCAGAAUGUAAAUUUUACGUUAACAAAGAAACCGAAUGUACGAUUAUUGUUUUAUUUUAAAGUAAGUAGCAUAACGGAAAACAAGAUGCACUAAAUGUCUACUACUUAUUUUAAAGGGUAGCCUACAUUUGGACUAAAAUAGUGCAAAAACUUUUUUUUUUUUAAGUCACAUUUUUUUUCCGCAUUCAGCAGUGUAGUCUAAACAAAAAGUAAAUUUUAAUUUGAAUGUAUGUUGUUGUUUUUGUCACACGAAGGCCAAAUAUGACAUUACAGAAUGAUGCCCGUUUCCACCCGAUAUGCACUAAAAAAUAAUAUUAAAAAGGUAAUUGUGAAUUCUCAUCUCACAAUCCUGACUUUAUUCUUAGAAUUCUGAGGAAAUAAAAGUCAAAAUUGGAAGAUAUAUACUCAGAAUUGUGGGGGAAAGUUAGUUCUGUCAGAUAAACACAGAAUUGAGAGAUGUCAGAUAAACACAGAAUUGAGAGAUGUAAAUUCGGAAAUGUAAAAAAAACAAAACAAAAAAAAAAAAAAACAGAAUUGUGAGAUAAGCUCAGAAUUGCACAAUUUUUUUUCUCUCUCAGAAUAUCAAAUUAUGUCACAAUUCUGAGUUUAUCUUGCAAUUCUGAGGAAAAAAGUAAAGAAAAAAGUAAAAAAGGGCGUGAGAUAAAAGGGUGCAAUUACCUUCUAUUAUAUUUAUUCAGUUACAGAAUUGGGCUCCCAUAGUAAUGAUUUAUGGGCUCAAAACAAACAAAACAUUUUGUCCUUUUUACCUUAAGAUUGUAGGAGAUUGUAGUUCAUACUUAAAGCAGGUUAUUCAUAAUUGUUCAAAUCCACAGAAAUUCCAACAUAAUGACCCACUUUAUAUUAAGUGUCUGUAAUACCAGCCUAUGUAUAACAUUUAACACACUUCUUGUUGUUUUUUAAAAAAAAAAAUUCUUAUAAUUAAAAAAUACCUGCAUGUUAUUACAUCUGUAUUUUAUUUAAAAAAAAUUUUUAUUCACUUUAUAAUUACACUGUUGUCUCUAACCCAUCUCCCACCUCAAUAGCAGCAAAAGUGUUUUGAAAUACAUCAUAAACACAAUUGAACAUUGUACCAAAUUUUUUGUUUUUUCUGCUAGAAGUACCUUAAAGUUAAAGAUGGAUGAAGUUUAAGAUGCCUAAUAUUAAGUGGGACCCAACAUAUUAUUAAGCUGCAUUAUAUACACACAAAGUUAGCUAUUAAAAUUUUGUUACUUGGCCAUAUCUGGGCUUAAAAUUUCUUAUCUAUUUAUAGAGUAAAUUUUCAUUCCUUUAUGUGGUGUUUUGUGGAGUUUGCACACUUACUGUAAAAGGCCGAGUGUGUUUGUCUUGCAUGUGAUCUGAGUGUGAGUGCUUUUAAUGUUCAUUUGCUAUACCAUCAAGACAUGUUGACCUCAUGGUUUCAGUGAAGACCAGUCUUGGUUAUGUUUGUGCUUCUCAAUAUUUAACAUUGUUAUACAGCUUAUUGAAGCCUCCAGCAUGUAAAGGCUUCAGGUGAGACUAUGAAGGGGUGAAAAGCACAAAGGCUGAAAGAGUAGUUCUUUAAAGUAUAGCAUGUUUUUACUUUUUAAUUAAAAAUGUAUCUGCUGUGUUUGCUCGUCAAAAUUAGACUAGAACCCAAUCCAUGAUCAACCUAUUUUUCAAUAGGAUGUAGAUCAAUUCAUUAUAAUAUAGGAAAUAUUCUAGCUCAUAUGCAAAAUUCAGUGCACAAGCAUUGAUUACACAUUGUAUAUUUGUAUAGAUGUAUAUCCGCUUGUCUAUUGUCUUUCCAUCAAAUGUCAUUUAGGCUUGACUUUCUUCCUGGAGGAAGAGUCUUUGCUUCCAAGUAGCAUUGAACAGUGGUGCAUUCAGCAACAAGCCAAACCUGUGAAUAAAUGAUUCCUCAAGCAGAAA